AAAACAUCCCAGAUUUCUGUUGGCCGGCCGUAUGAGUGGGGUCUUCUUCUCUCUUACUCCCUGGGUAUCAGGUAGCUGUGAUAUAUGAAGUAGUACAUUAAAGAAAUAGUAUAUCUUAAUUUUAAUUUUCCUUGACUGGUUGAGAUUGGCAUUUUUUGUACAAAAUGUCUAAGACAAUUGCUGUUGUUGGUUCUUGCAUGAUAGAUUCUAUCACUUAUUCUUCUCGACUUCCAAAGCCAGGAGAAACAAUUAUUGGAAAUAAAUAUGAACAAGGUUUUGGUGGAAAAGGAGCAAAUCAAUGUGUUACAGCUGCUAGACUUGGAGCUUCAACUAUAUUUAUUGCAUCAUUGGGUUCUGAUUCAUCGGGAAAAGAAUAUAUAAAAAAAUUGAAAACAGAAAACAUAGAUACAUCCUAUAUAAAAGUUCAUAAUGAUCUUCAUACUGGAUUUGCUCAAAUUAUGGUCACAGAAACAGGUGAAAAUGUAAUAGUUAUUGUACAAGGUUCAAAUACAUUAUUGAGUUCAAAAGAUGUUGAAGAAGCUAAAGAAGCGAUACAAAAUGCGUCAGUUCUGCUUUGUCAAUUUGAAAUACCAUUGGAAAUUAAUUUAACAGCUUUAAAACUAUAUAAGGGACAUGGUACAUCGAUUGUAAAUGCUGCACCAGCUAUAAAAGAUAUUAAUACAGAAAUUUUCAAGCUAUCUGACAUUUUUUGUGUUAAUGAAUCAGAGGCUGAAAUAAUGACUGGUAUAGAGAAUAUAACAGUAGCGAAUGCCCAACUAGCUGUAGAUAAAUUUUUUAUAUUAGGAUGCAAUACUGUUAUUAUAACAUUAGGAUCUCAAGGAGCAGUUUAUGCAUCUAAAAGCAAUAAAAAUAUCAUCCACAUACCAUCAGAACCUGUAAAAGCUGUUGAUACUACAGGUGCAGGAGAUGCGUUUUUAGGAGCAUUAGCAUAUUUCAUAGCAUAUCAUUCUGAUCUUUCUUUGGAAGAAUGCAUUAAAAGGUCUAACAGAAUUGCUGCUGAAAGUGUUAUGAAAACUGGGACUCAAACAAGCUUUCCAUAUAAAAAAGACCUGCCUAAAGAGCUAUUUUAAAAAGUAGUUUAAGUUAUAUAAAUAAGUGCAAUUGUAAUACAUUGAUAAAAUGCAUAAUUUAUAAAAAUAUGAAAAAGUAGAUGCAGUAAAGUUUAUAAAAUGAUGAAUUUUUAUAGUCAUUUUUUUACACAGUACAAAAAAAAAAUCUUAAUUACAAGAUUCAAAGCAAG